AUGCAUGUGGUCGAUGAUUCAAAUGAUGCCCCGAAGAUACUUCCGCUGGCCAGAGCCGCUAGACCAUCCACAUCUGCUACUGCGCGUUGGCAAGCAGUUGUGAACCGCGAUGCAACGGCCAAUACAUUCGUCUACGCCGUCCUGACGACGAAAAUAUACUGCCGCCCAUCCUGUCCAGCUCGGCUUGCCCGCCGGGCCAAUGUCAGAUUCUACGACACACCCUCUCAGGCAGAAUCAGCAGGGUUCCGGCCCUGUAAGCGCUGCAAACCGGAAACGCACUGGGCGGCAAAUCCACAAGUCCAGUUGAUACAAAAGGCUUGUGAAACCAUCAAUUCGGAUGUCCUAAAUGGCCGCAAACCGACGCUUCAGAAGCUGGCCAGCGAGGCAAACCUGACACCCAGUCAUUUCCAUCGCGUUUUCAAAAAGGUCAUGGGCGUUACGCCAGGGCAAUACUCGGCUGCUGCUCUGGAUUGUCGGAAUCGAAAUGCGUCGGUUGACUCUGGCCUAGGCGUAGAUUGGAGUCUGAACCAGCCGCUAUGCGACGAUGGCAUCUGCUAUGACCCUGAUCCCUUGGGCGGUUUGGAUGAUUCCCGUGCUCCGACCACCAACGAUGCUGUUGUUUGGAAUGACUUUGAUGCUAUGAUAGCUGCAGAGAAUGAGUAUAUUCUUUGGCCAGAGGAAGAACAAUAGCUGACAAGCUCGUUCAUUUCAAUCAACGCCGUAAUGAACUCUGAUUCUGCUUUCAGCCUCCAGUGCUAGGAAGCCCUGAGAUGGUACGCGCGCGCGAGAGAGAGACGGCGGUUCUAUGAUUUAACAUCGGAUGAGUUAGCCUUUGGCUUAUUAUCUUGAACAUGACAUGCGGUCGAUGAUGCAUUACUCAGGUGAAAAUAUGCUUGAGGUCUGCGAAAUGCCGCUGGAUAUAGGGGAAAGCCUGUCUUUGAAUAACUGAGAGCACAGAUGAGUGUCUCCUGUGGUGCCGUAUGCUGUAUGCUUUUAUUCCUUGUACUUUUGACAUCAUAGGACUUUUUUGCGCUGAGGUUGGAAGACCGUCAGAGGUUACGUGUUGGUGUACAGGG